AUGUCACUUCGAGAUAGAGAUAUAGAAGAUCUGUUAUCUGCUUUGGAAAGUGGUGAUAUUUCCGAUGAUGGCCUGGAAGAUGAUGAUGAUGAUGAGAAACGUUUUUAUAGCAAUGUUCGAGAAAUUAUCCACGAUUUAGAAGAAGAGAACAUCGAUACUCCCGAUGAUAAUAACGAUCCUCCACUUGUUCAAGAUGAAGAGGCAGAUCCUGUGCACGAGCCUGAACCUAGGCAAGGAAAUCAAAAUUAA